AGUACGGCUUCUAUCUUCUCUAUCUAUGCGGUCUGUGUUUCAGAGAAUGAGUCCGUUGCAAAUGCAAACCCUAGCACCGAUACGACCUCGUUUCGCAGAGUUCUUGAACCGCUCGUUUCGCAGGACCUUGAGCCUCCGAGCAUUCUCAUCGUCUUCCUCUGAUUAUGCUGACCAGUCUCGCGGUGGCCUCCCUCGUUUCUUUUCUGAAGCUCUCCCUCCUUCCAAGGGCAGUAUCGUUCGUGUACAAGGUGAUGAGUUCUGGCAUAUGACUAAAGUUUUGAGGUUGAGCACAAAUGAUAGGGUAGAGCUUUUUAACGGGAAGGGAGGUUUGAUACAAGGGUGCAUACAGAGCGUUGACCGCACUGGAAUAGAUUUUGUGGCAUUGGAAGAUCCUAAUUUAGUUCCUCCUCAGAGCACAUGUUGGCAUGUGUUUGUGGCUUUUGGUACUCUAAAAGGAGGUCGAGCUGAUUGGCUUGUUGAAAAAUGCACAGAGCUUGGGGCUUGUAGUGUAACCCCCCUGUUGACAGAACGUUCUCCUUCAAUUUCAGAGAAUAGGGUGGACAGAUUGCAACGAGUCGUGUUAGCAGCAACUAAACAAUGUCAACGGCUGCAUGAAAUGAUUCUGAAUACACCAAUGAAAAUUGAUGGCCUUCUGCCUCAUAUUGCUGAGUCAAAGGUAUCUUUUGUUGCCAUAGCAGAGGCUACUCCUGUUGUUAGUGCAUUGACUUUAUCAGGAAAAGAUUCCAGUGGGCUGAUUAUAGUUGGACCAGAAGGGGACUUCACUGAGAAAGAGGUGAAUAUGAUGAUGGAAGCGGGUGCUACAGCUGUUGGUCUUGGGCCACUUCGCUUACGAGUCGAAACUGCAACAAUGGCACUUCUGUCAACUCUAAUGUUAUGGUCUGACUCUCAGCAAACAUCCUCGUAGCUCUCUUGCAGGUAGAACUGUCUUCCAGAUACUCUGGGAAUGUUCUCUCAUACUUUGCUACCUGUCUAUAUGAUUGGUGAUGUGUCCUUGGGAUAAGGCUCAAUGUUAUCUUCCUACUGGAUGGGGCAAUAUAAAUGGAUGCAUAUAACUAGGACAGUAAAGCACGAGCGACUAGAAAAGAGAAGGAAGUUGGGGUAAUUUGAAAUAAAUUGAUUCAACAUUUACUUCUGGUUAAUGGCAAGGGAAUGUUGCUUCUCUCGUUUGUGCUUUA